CCAAAACGAGCCAUUGCUCUGAACGCUAUUUGUUGGUUUUGCAAUUAUUAUAAAAAUAUGCAAUUAUUGAGUACGAGACACACGAAGCCGUCUCAAGUGCGAGAGUCCUUGCGACCCGUCUCAAGUGGAUCCUCAACCUCUAGCCUCUGAAUCUGUCGUUUACCUACGAACGAUCACUGGCGAUCCGGGAUCACUAAGUCCUAGAUUAGAUCUUCGCCAAAAUCUGAAAUCCGUGCCAGGACAAUGCAUAAUGAGGAUUAAGUCCUUUGCGAUUUCUCUGACUGCUGACUGAGAUGCCGAGAAAGAGAGAGAAUGUGCGAAUGGAUUCGCGAUUCGCGAUGGCGAAUGCAUUUUUCCUUUCGCCACAUUUGCUUUUCGCAAUGAAACUAAAGAGCAGGAAAAAGGCAUUGUUCGAUCCACGAAUGGAUAGAGGAAAAAGGAGGAGCGAUUAAAACUGCCAGUUUUCCACACGGCUUGCAUUUCCCUAUCCACAAUUAUCCUGUCAAACUUGUUUGCGCCGUCUCCCUCUUGCUCUACACCAAUUUUCCUUUCGCAUUAUGCUUUGACCAGAGCAUUCGCAUUAAAAGGACAACGCUCUUGUGCGGCGCGACUGUGUGUGCGUGAGCGUGUCUGUGUUGCGUGCUUGCUGUGUGUGUGUGUGUGUAAGUGCGAGUGCGAGCGAAGAGCGAGUUCUUUCGACGCCUGCGUCGCCAUCGUCCUGGCAUCGAACUGGCGUUCAGUCGACGCUUGCCACUCAGACCGCUCAGACAUGUCGCGCCCGUCGUGAGUGCCAGUUAGCCAUCCACAUUAAUAUACAUAUAUAUAUAAAUAUACAUCCUCGAAGAGAGAGAGCAGCAGCCAUCAAGUCGAAGACUGUGUAAAACGCAAAACAACGACGCCAUCAGAUGUUGCAGGAUAACAUAAAAUAAUACCAAAGCUAAAUCAUUCUACAAGAAUUGCAAAACCCAGAAAAUAGUGCUCAAGUGUAUCGUAUAAAACAUCAAAUUGUGCAAAUUAGUUACAGUUAGUUAAAGCAGCAGCAGAAGUUUCAUAUGCAAAUACACAAAAAAUAAUGUGCAAUAAACUACAAAUCACUUCAAACAAAGGCAACGCAGCAGCAUCCAAAACUUCAGUCACAUCCAGUUGGAGUUGCUCAUAUAGUCAUAAAAGUACUUUUGGCAUUUUGUUGGGAUUUACGCAUGGAGAACAUCGAAUAAACUAGAGAAGCAGAACUAAAAAAAAACCCAUCAAAGCACAUCACAAUUCCAGAUCGAAGCAACCUAGCUGUAAAAGAAGUGUCCGACAACAGGUCGGAAUUGAAAAAGAAAAAUAGAAAAACAGAGACGAAGAUGAAAAUGUCAGAGGUGCCACGCAUCAAGGUCUUCCGACCCACUUGGGAGGAGUUCAAGGACUUUCCCAAGUACGUGGCCUACAUGGAGUCACAGGGUGCCCACAAAGCCGGUCUGGCCAAGGUGGUGCCUCCGCCGGAAUGGGUGCCCCGUCGCAGUGGGUACGCUGAUCUCGAUGCUCUGAAUGUCACGAUUCCGGCGCCCAUUUGCCAGGUGGUUACCGGCAAACAAGGCUACUACCAGCAGAUAAACAUACAGAAAAAGCCACUCACAGUAAAGCAGUUUAGCGAGUUGGCCAGCACCGAGCGUUACGCCACACCCAAACACUUUGACUUUGAGGAUCUGGAGCGCAAGUACUGGAAGAACAUAACAUAUGUGGCGCCCAUUUAUGGGGCAGAUGUCAGUGGAAGCAUCACAGACACCGACCAGGAUAGCUGGAACAUCAACCGGCUGGGCACUAUUCUUGACUAUGUCAACAAGGAUUAUAACAUCCAGAUAGACGGCGUGAACACAGCCUACUUGUACUUUGGCAUGUGGAAGACGACCUUUGCAUGGCACACGGAGGACAUGGAUCUCUAUUCCAUCAAUUACUUGCACUUUGGGGCGCCAAAAACGUGGUAUGUGGUGCCGCCGGAAUGUGGUCGCAAACUGGAGAAGGUGGCCAACCAGUACUUUCCGGCCAGUUACAAGAAUUGCAACGCAUAUUUGCGCCACAAGAUGACGUUGAUUUCACCACAGAUUCUCAAGCAACAUGACGUGCCCGUCAGUAAGAUCACGCAGGAGGCGGGCGAGAUCAUGAUCACGUUUCCGUUCGGUUACCAUGCCGGCUUCAAUCACGGUUUCAACUGUGCCGAGUCCACCAACUUUGCCAUGGAGCGCUGGAUCGAGUACGGCAAGCGGGCGGUGCAGUGCACCUGCAGCAACGACAUGGUCAAGAUCUCGAUGGACACAUUUGUCAAGCGCUUCCAAAGCGAUCGCUACGAUCUGUGGAUGGAGGGGCGUGACGUGGGGCGGCAUCCGGAGGAUCCGCCGAACGGGGUGCUCAGUGCAGCACCCCUGCCACCACACCUCGAUGUCUUGCUGUGUGAUAAAAAAAUGAAAAAGCAAUGCAAUCCUACCAAGGCCAAGAGUUUCAAAGAGCGUAAUCCCGAUCUGGACCUGGAUGAAAUCCAGCAGAAUCCCAACGUGCCAGACGACGUCAAGGCCAUGCUGAAGGAGAGCGUGCUGACGCUGGACACGGGCGAUCUGGCCACGGAUGAGGCUGAUUUUCCCAACGAGGAUGCCAUGAGUCUACAGAGUCCGGCGAAUCUGAAGACCAAGCAAGAGCUGCUUGAGUACAUUGACGACGGCACAGAAGAUGAUGAUGAGGAGGAGGACUUUAAGCGGCGCAAGCAGAAGCGGCGCUAUGAUGCCGACUAUGAUGACGAUUGGCUCGCGUCCAAGCGCAAGAAUAGCUCGCGAAACAAUCGCGGCCGUAGUCCGCGCACCAAGGACGACCGUUCCAUAUCGCCGGCGUCCUCCACUUCCUCGACGUCGAGAGGCGCAAGGCGUGGCAAGGCCAACGGCGCCCCCCGAAAGACUCCUGCGCGGCGAAAAAAGGACCCAAGUACUACGCCACCGGCGGUCAGUUCUGCAUCAACUGCCGUAAAAACACCGACAUCCGCCGUGGUCGCUGGAAAAACAUCAAUAGCCACAACCACAACACCACCAGCAGAUGGCGGAGGAGAUGCCAAAAAGGAUCAACAGUCGCUGCAGUUUAUGCAACAAUCGCGUAAAUUUGAGGGCAAGAUACCAAAACUAAGUCAAACGAGUGCAGCAACAGGAGGAGCAACGGCAGCCGCAGAAGCAUCCACAUCCAAGUCUAGUCAACGGCAGCAGCAACAGAUUGUCUACGUCAACAUGUUGCCCGCGGCCAAUACCCUGAAUGGCAUUCCACAGCAGCAGCAGCAGCAAUAUGCGAGCACGGAUGGAAAUGUCUAUCAGCUGCAAAAUGAAAUACUCUGUGAUGCAAAUGGACAUGCCGUGACUGCCGCCACGGCUUCAUAUCAAACUACGGCCAGUAGUCCGCAGCAGCAGCAGCAGCAACAACAGCAGCAGCAACAGAAUGUUGCAACUAGUGUUGCCGACAAUGUGGUCACAACUAUUAGUUCGUCCUCCAUCCUGCAUACGAACGCCAACACCAACGGAGUGGAUACAAUUGCCGCCACACAGCAACAACAACAACAACAGCAGCAGCAACAACAGCACUACCACUAUAUCACCACCACCGGCGAAGAUGGACAAACCCCGACCACCAUAGUGUUCGAGAACUACAACGGCGGAAUGCCAGCGGUCAGUUCUGCCGCACCAACGCCCGUUCCCGUGUCGCAGGCCAACGCACCCGCUACCACGACCACCACUGCCCUGGUCAACACGGACGGCACGAUCAUCGAAUUCGACGGGAGCACGUACGAGGAAUAUCAUGUCCUCAAAAGCGAGCCCGGCAGCAGCGAUUGCCUGAGCAACGGCAGCAGUGCCGUGGCUGCUGACAUAAUCAAGUACGAUCCCCAGCACGGAGUCGUCGGCGACGAGGAGGACGACGAUGAGAACGGCCUGCUGCAUGUGAAGUACGAGGAGCAGAGCCUCGAACACGAUCCGGAAAACGAGCACGAUGCGGAGCAGGAGCAUGAGUAUGAGGAGUACCAGGUGAUCAAGGCCGAAGUGGAGGCCGAGGCGGCGGAGUUGGCAGCCGGCACCACCAGCUACACGAUCAACCAGGAGCAGACGGGUUCAGGCAACACGGUGAUAUCCUCAAUGGUGCCCAAAUCGGGAUCGGCGGCGGCCGCGAAGCAGAAGCGCAAACGUAAGACGCGCGUAAUCGCCGACGACGAGCAGGGCGAGUACCUGGAGAAGAUGAGUGUACGUGGCCUGGACAUCGCCCGCUACGAGCAUAUCAUCGACGGCGUGGCCUACUGCCUGGUCUGCGCCAAGAACGAUAUCUUCAAGACGUUUAAGAACAAGUACAGCUUCCAGCGACACGCCUACCUCUUUCACGAGGGCCAAAACCGCAAGAUAUUCGCCUGCCCCAUCUGCAAUAAGGAGUUCUCGCGUCCGGACAAGAUGAAGAUGCAUAAAAAGGACAAGCACGGCGACGUUCCCAUGCCGCCAUCGGCCACCACGACGCCGCUGAAGGCUGACGGUCCGCCGGCUAAGCGGGCGCGUACCGCUCGCACUCCGCGCGUUCGCAAGACGAAGGAUGGCAGUACGCCGGCCAAGAAGCGGCUGGCGCAGAUCGACAGUGUUCUGGACGACGUGCAAAAUGGGGAGUCUCUGACCAUGGCGCCAGUCAGCGUGAGUCACUCCCAGCAGCAGCAGCAGCAGCAACAGAUGCAGCACAGCAUCACAACGCUGGCUCCCUCGACGCCAUCGCAACCGCAACAUCAGCUGCAGACGCUGCCCUCGCUAGACUUCAGCGGCAUGAUCCUGCCUGGAGGCGCACAGCUGGCACUGGCUAAUCCAGGGGCCACCAGCUCCGUGGGACUGCAGCGAGGACCAGCCACGCCGAAUGGUCAGCCGGCGGCGCCCACCACCACGUUGAUCUACUCGAACCAACUGGAACUGCAGCAGGCGCUGCUGCAACAGCAGCUGCACGGCCAGAGCAUCAUGAUCCAGGAUCAAGCCGGCAACCUGGUGCCCCUGCAGCUGGACGGAACCCAGGCGAUAUACACGACGGCGCCGCAGGCUCAGCGCCAACAGACCACGGCCACAUAUCAGACGACGCAGCAGCAGCAACAACAGCCAGCGCAGCAGCCCGCCGGCCAGGCGCAACAGCAGCCUCACUACGAGCUGGACAACGUUACCUAUUUGAGCUCCACGGCGGCGGCCACUCCGACGUCGACCGAGCAGCAGCAGCAGCAACAACAGCAGCAGCAGCACGUGAUCGGCACGGUUCAGAGCUAUCAGAUCCUGACGCCCGACGGCCUCCAGAACUUCCAACCCAAGCUGGAGACGGCCGAGCUGGGCGACCUGUGUCCCUACUCGCAGUACACCUUCACGACGCACGCCGGAGCGCAGCCCACGCUGAAUGCGAACGCGCUGGACGCGCAGACCCAGCACCAGCAGCACCACCAGCAGCAGCAGCACCACCACCAGCAGCAGCAGCAUCACCAGCAGACGCAACUACUGCAGCAACAGCCCUUCGCCACGCAUCACAAUCCGCACCAGCAGUUCAUGGAGCUGAAGAACGAGCUGCUGAUUAAGGGCGGCGACGCCUACACCCUGGACACCGCCUCCAUGUACCACCUGCCCUUCUCGCCCACCUCGAUGAUCAAUGCGGUAAACGAUGUGAACACCUCGUCGCUGCUGGAAACCAAAGAAAUUAGCUACGAUAUAUCAGAGGCAGUGCUAUUAGCUCUCUGAAUAAAACGAUCCACACAGAAAGCUGCAGCCAAAGUACCAAAAAUUCUAUUUAA